AUGUAUCAGGUGAAUUUAAUCCUUGAUAACUUGCCUGCAAUUCGGUAUAUUAAGAAGGAUAAAUAUUUGUUGCGGUCCACUGGUUAUCCAGUUGGUAUCAAGGUUCAGGAUGCCUAUUAUUUAUUUAAUCACUUGAAGUUAACUGUCCUUGUUCAUAAAUAUGAAGAGGCCAAUGUUGCCCGUGUUAUGGGUACUGGGGAUGCAGCGGAGGUGAUCCCUACUGUUGGCAACUCAGGAUCAGAUGCCCCUGGCUACAUGGUUGUUGGGUUUGAGGUGGUACCUUGUAAUGUCCAGCACAAUACCGAUUCCGUGAAGAACUUGAACAUAUAUGACAAAUACCCGUCCCAGAUUAAAUGUGAUCCAACUACAGUCACCAGUUAUAUCAAGGAGAAUGAGCCAAUGGCUUUUACGUAUGAGGUGUCAUUCGUUGAGAGUGACAUUAAGUGGCCCUCAAGGUGGGAUGCAUAUUUGAAGAUGGAAGGAUCAAAAGUGCACUGGUUCUCGAUUCUAAACUCGCUUAUGGUGAUAACUUUCUUAGCUGGUAUUGUACUUGUGAUUUUCUUGAGGACAGUUAGGCGAGAUUUGGCUCAGUAUGAAGAGCUUGAUAAGGAAGCUCAAGCCCAGAUGAAUGAGGAGUUGUCAGGAUGGAAACUCGUUGUUGGAGAUGUUUUCCGUGCCCCGAGCAAUCCCUCGCUCUUGUGUGUGAUGGUUGGAGAUGGAGUUCAGAUUCUUGGAAUGGCAAUCGUGACAAUUUUGUUUGCUGCCCUUGGAUUUAUGUCUCCAGCAUCCCGUGGAACACUUAUUACUGGUAUGCUGUUUUUCUACAUGAUUCUUGGAAUUGCAGCCGGUUAUGUUGCUACUCGUCUUUGGAGGACCAUGUUCUGUGGAGAUCACAAGGGAUGGGUCUCUGUAUCGUGGAGAGUUGCUUGUUUCUUCCCUGGCAUCGCCUUCCUUAUUCUAACCACUUUGAAUUUCUUGCUAUGGGGUAGUCACAGUACAGGAGCUAUUCCCUUUUCUUUGUUUGUCGUACUCAUUUUGCUAUGGUUUUGUAUCUCGGUUCCCCUUACCCUUGUUGGUGGUUACUUUGGAGCAAAGGCACCUCAUAUUGAAUACCCCGUUCGAACAAAUCAAAUCCCUCGAGAAAUCCCUCCUCAAAAGUAUCCAUCUUGGCUUUUGGUCCUUGGGGCCGGUACCCUUCCAUUUGGCACACUUUUCAUUGAGCUCUUCUUCAUCAUGUCCAGUAUCUGGAUGGGUGGUGUAUACUACGUCUUUGGGUUCCUUUUCAUUGUUAUGAUCCUUUUGGUUGUGGUUUGUGCUGAGGUAUCACUUGUUCUUACCUACAUGCACCUUUGUGUUGAGGACUGGAAAUGGUGGUGGAAAUCUUUCUUUGCUUCUGGAUCUGUUGCCAUUUACAUCUUUCUUUACUCCAUCAACUAUCUAGUAUUUGACCUUAAGAGUUUGAGUGGGCCUGUAUCUGCAACCCUUUACCUCGGAUAUUCACUCUUCAUGGUUCUAGCAAUAAUGCUUGCAACAGGUGCCGUUGGGUUCCUUUCUUCAUUCUGGUUUGUGCACUACCUGUUUUCUUCUGUUAAGCUUGACUGA